CCGUUUAGGAAGCCGUCAGAAGGAAUUGAGGGUUACGUGCACCUGCCUGCCCGGGGAAACAGACCUAGCAGGGAGGAAGGUCUUGCUUAGUACCGCACGAGUUAGUGGCCCAGUUCAGUCAGGCUUUUUUCUUUCGUUCCAUAGAUAACGUACGAACGCAUGCAGUGAGGCAGCCCUAGUGCUAGGCUCUCUGAAAACUAAGGUGACUGAAGUAGCCAUGGUUACGUCCUGCCUGGAGAGGAUAGUUUACAGGGGAGUCGAACAUUAAACACCUAACCAUGCUGCUGAAAGUACAAAUUCAAAUUGUGGCAAUGGCUAUGGAAAAGAACAGAAAAAGUAAUGGUAAAGCAGCAAAGAUCUCUUUCGGCAAGGGUGUCAGAGCAGACUUCCUGAACGAGAGGACACUUGAGCUGCGGCUUGAGAAGUAUGGCAAGGGCCAGAGGAAAUAUAUGCUGGGCAGAGCGAACAGCACCUGUGGAUAUUUGAGUUGGUAAAGAACGUUCAGGAAAGGAGGCUUUCGAUGGGUCAAAUGCUGUGAUGGGCAUACAGGAUAUAAUGUUUGUGUACCGGUCAGGAGUUCACCAUCUAGUGCCACAGACAUAAGUAAAAUGCAGAGAUGAAGUUGCAAGCGUGAGAUGUGAUAAUGGAUCAUCAUGUUUCCACCAUCAAACCUCGAAGAAUCCAAAACCAAAAUGUCAUUCACCGCCUGGAACGCCGGCGGAUCAGUUCAGGCAAGGCAGGCACCCACUGGCACCAGGUCCGAGUGUUCCACCAGAAUGUCUUCCCCAACUUCACGGUCGUCAAUGUUGAAAAGCCCCCUUGUUUCUUGCGUAAAUUCUCACCUGAUGGACGCUACUUCAUUGCUUUCUCUUCAGACCAGACAUCUCUCGAAAUCUAUGAGUACCAGGGCUGCCAGGCAGCUGAGGACCUACUGCAGGGCUAUGAGGGGGAAAUCCUGUCCAAUGGCAAUGACCAGCGGUCAGUCAACAUCCGUGGCCGGCUCUUCGAACGCUUUUUCGUCCUGCUGCACAUUACCAAUGUGGCAGCCAAUGGCGAGCACCUGAACCGGGAGUGCAGCCUCUUCACUGAUGACUGCCGCUGUGUCAUCGUGGGCUCAGCUGCCUAUCUCCCAGACGAGCCUCACCCUCCUUUUUAUGAGGUAUAUCGGAACAGUGAGUCCGUGACCCCCAACCCCCGGUCCCCCCUGGAGGACUACUCCCUCCAUAUCAUUGACCUUCAUACUGGCCGCUUAUGUGAUACACGUACCUUCAAGUGUGACAAAGUCGUCCUGUCACACAACCAAGGGUUGUACUUGUAUAAGAACAUCCUGGCCAUCUUGUCAGUGCAGCAGCAGACCAUCCAUGUCUUCCAGGUGACUCCUGAAGGCACUUUCAUUGAUGUGAGGACCAUUGGCCGCUUCUGCUAUGAGGAUGACCUGCUCACUGUGUCAGCUGUUUUUCCUGAGGUGCAGCGGGACAGUCAGACAGGCAUGGCCAAUCCUUUCAGGGAUCCCUUCAUCAACUCCCUGAAACACCGGCUGCUCGUGUACCUUUGGCGCCGGGCAGAGCAGGAUGGUAGUGCAAUGGCCAAGAGGCGCUUCUUCCAGUAUUUUGACCAACUGCGGCAGCUGCGCAUGUGGAAAAUGCAGCUUCUGGAUGAAAACCAUCUGUUUAUCAAGUAUACUAGUGAGGAUGUCGUAACCCUGCGGGUCACAGAUCCAUCACAGCUGAUUCUGCCUGUAACAGUUAGAGACUGUAUAAAGAAUUGUCUCCUAAGACCGUACCAGCCAUCCAUGGCAUCUUUCUUUGUGGUGUACAAUAUGGUGACAACAGAGGUGAUCGCUGUGUUUGAGAAUACAUCAGAUGAGCUUUUGGAGCUGUUUGAGAACUUCUGUGAUCUCUUCCGUAACGCUACCCUGCAUAGUGAAGUCCAGUUUCCCUGCUCAGCUUCCAGCAACAAUUUUGCACGGCAGAUCCAGCGCCGGUUUAAAGACACUAUUGUAAAUGCCAAGUAUGGAGGGCACACGGAGGCAGUACGCCGGCUGCUGGGUCAGCUCCCCAUCAGCGCCCAGUCUUACAGUGGUAGCCCCUACCUUGAUUUGUCUCUCUUCAGCUACGAUGACAAGUGGGUGUCAGUCAUGGAGCGGCCCAAGACUUGUGGAGAUCACCCUAUCAGGGCUAACAUUCCAUUAUCUGGAUGGGCUGUAAUUUCCUUGGCUAGCGCCCUGUUGAUGGACAUUUAGGUUCCAAUCUUCUUCCGUUACUCGACGUGCCUCAGUGAGUAUAUAUCUCUGCCUACUCCCACCCCCAUGAGAGCCUAUCUCCGCUGCGCUGUCCGAUACAGUAGCCACCAGCCACAUGCCAUACUUACAUUUCAGUGAAUUUGAACUAGAUAAAACCGAACUGCCAAUUCCUCAGUCAUGGUCCUGCUCGCCACAUCGCAAGUGCUGGAGAGUCCCACGGGGCUGGUGGCUGCUGUGCUGACCGUGCAGCUCCAGGGCACGUCCAUGAGCAGGGACAGCGCUGCUCCAUGUGGGAAAUUCCUAGAAGGGAACUGUGAAGGUCUGUACAUCGCAAGUGGUGAAUGAUAUUGCCAGAUCUCCCUCUGAAGAGGCUCUAGCUAUUUACAUUUGAGAGCACUUUUAUUUCAGAACAAUUUAUGGAAUAUUGGGAAAAAAAAGGAAGGUUCCCCGUGUACCAACUGCAAGGACGUUCUGUUUCCGUUGUCAAUGCCACGUUGCUGGAGUUGGACGCUGCUGUUCCCGCCUGUCACUGGAGCCCCACUCUGGCUGUCUCCCCCUGAGGCCUGGCCUCCGGCUGCCUUGCUGAGGCCUCUUCCCUCCCCCCUCCUUCAGGUCCAGGGUCCUCCACACCCCGACUCACAGCUGCCAUGUCUCAAGGGAGACAGCCCGUCUCCUCAUCCACCCCUGUUGCCAUGACACAGCCUCUACGGAAGACUAGGCAUCCUGACUCUUCCACCCUCCUUCCCUUCGGUGAACGGGGACCUCCACAUUGCCAAAUCCAUGGCCAUUGCCCAGUCCUCACCUUGCUUGACCUGCCAGCUGGUCUCUCAGCCGCACCGUGCACCCCAACUGUUCCCUUCUUCUGAAGUGCUCGGCCCUUUGGCUUCUGAGACGCCACACCUGCUGUCUCUCUGAUUGCUGCACCCCUGCCUCUUUGCAGCCUUGCCCUCCUUGCAGCAUUUAACACUGGGUCGUCUUAUUUUCCUCAUUCUCUGCUUUUUUUCUGGGAGAGCUCAUCCCCACUGUGGCUUGGAUUAGCAACAUUUAGGGAGUGAUGGUCAUGCUUUUUUUUUUUGCGGUACGCGGGCCUCUCACUGUUGCGGCCUAUCCCGUUGUGGAGCACAGGCUCCGGACGCAGAGGCUCAGCGGCCAUGGCUCACGGGCCCAGCCGCUCCGCGGCAUGUGGGAUCUUCGCGGACCGGGGCACGAACCCGUGUCCCCUGCAUUGGCAGGCGACUCCCAACCACUGCGCCACCAGGGAAGCCCAUGGUCAUGCAUUUUAAUUCCCAUUUCCUUGAUUACUUGUAAGAAGGGUCAUCUUUUCAUGGCUUCCGGCCAUCUGUAUUCUUUAUGAAAGCAGCUUAGAAGCAGAGCAGACACUGGACACAGGUUACAGUCCAGACCACAGCCAUGGCAGGUCCCUGUCCUUGCCCCCUCCAGGCCCUCCCCAGCCUCAUCUCUCUCCACAUCCUCUCAGCAUAUGCAAAGUCACCACGCCGGACACCCCCAACCCAGCCCACAGCCUGCAUUCUUCUCCAGGACUCUCAUCACCCCGCUCCUUCUUCUGUGGUCCCCAGAGCUUGAUUCCACUGAGAAGAGACAGUCUCUCAUCACCACACUCCUCCCCAUUCCUCCCCAACUCUGCAUAUCUCACCCCAGUGCCCAGGGAUGCGGGUCAGCAUGUGGCCAGUGCCUCAUCUCCCUUCUGGGACAUCGUUCUGCUACCUCCUCCCAACAGUCCUUCUCUUUUGAAGUUCGUGCUGUUACUCCCCUCUUCCUAAACCCAUAUACUGCUUCCUGUACUCUGGCCGCUCUGUGUUGUUUCGGGACUUUGAUUCUCCCAGACUUUUCUGUCCCCUGCCCUGAUGUCCACUUUGGGAUUUCAGCAUCAAGAUUGACAGCUUUCUUUGUCCACAUCUCAUAGUUUCUUGACUUAAACCUCAGUGACUCUUUCUACUCUAUUUUAGAUGCCUACACACCUACCUUCAUCGUCUGCAAAUGAGCUUGACUGCAGCCUUCUACACGCCCACCUCCCUUUCUCCAUCACAUCUUGUGUGGCCACACGUUUUUUGCCUCCUUCCUUUUCUCCCAAUCCUUUGGUAAGAUUUUACCCCCAUUCAUCUUCCUAUCAUGACCCACCACACCAACUAAGCCAUAUCCGGUAACCUGAGGCAAUGCUGCUUUGCCAGUUUCCAAUCCUAAAGAUACUUGGUGAUCCUGCUGGGAUGAACUGAGGGGAUCAUCCUUUCACUCAAACACCAAUAACAUUCAUGCCUCGUAUGGAACUUCCUUCUGACUAAUUCAGCCAUGUGCCUGUCCCACUUUCUUGGUCUGUGAGCUCCAGGACAGGAAUGACAGUGCCGUAUCUGUUCUCCCUGUGCUCAGCCUGUGUUUGUGCAAUAGCCCAUGUUUGUUCACUUUGGUUAAAUAGACUUUUCUGCUUUGGUAGUGACCACUCCAUCACUGUGGGCUGAUAAUACUCAGAUUUAAAAAGCAAUGUGUCUAUCCAGGGUAGGAAAAAAUGACUAGAAAGAAAGAAUAAAGGAGUCCGGGGGAAGGCAUAUAUGCAUUAAAUGCCUUUUAAUUUAAUAUGCAUUAAAAAAAUGGACAUAUGAGAGUCAGGUUGCAGGCAGAGGCAAUUGCAAAAUGGUUUCUCCUAAACUGCUGAGUUAUAUUCUGCCAGCAUCCAGGUACUCUACUGUUAAACAGGUUUAUUUUGGUGGUGAAGGUACAGCUUGGUGUCGGGUGAUGACCUUGGCCAAAAGAACGGAAAACAUUGCAUCUAUGCUGAAAGGAGAGAAAUUAUAUUUGCCUUUUUGCCUGCAGACGAAAGAAGAGAGGGGAGAGGGGAGGAGAGGCUUUCCUUAUGCAGCUAGUCCUGGGCCACCAGCUUUGUGCUUUGAUGUACUCAUAGCAAUAACGCAAGGCCCUGCUGCCAGGAAACAAGGAAGUGUGUUGUCACACAAGUUGAUGCCAACACUCUGGUUGUGCAAAUACUCAGGACCCAGUGCCAGGCUCUGCAUCUUCUCUGCCAGGGGGAAGUGCAAGCACAUGGUCACCUGUCUCAGGACCGAGAGGCUGGCUUCGGAGAAGGGCUUGUGGCAGCAGGGGAAAGGGCAGCCUGGCAUUUAGAUGAACGAUAACUGCCUUAAGUGGUCAGUGAAGGUCCUCCCCUGAGGAGGGGCCGGUCUCUGAGGCCAAGACCCCAUGAUUAAGAGGUGAUAGAACCUAAGAGAGCACAAGUUCACUGGCCUCUUAGAGCCUGGACGCAGCAGGGCACUGAGGCUCCCAGCAGCAAAGCUGUGUGCGUUCCCCCUGGGCGCCCUGUCGACGGUGCUCCCCCCACCUGGCUCCCGGCGGUGGUGCCAGGCUUCCAUUUCUGGCCCUAAGACCAUUGAUCCUUUAGGGUCCCCUGUGUGAUGUCUACUUGUAGGCCCUCUCAGGCAGUACCUUCCUUUUUGAUGCUCUUUUGGGAAUAAAAUAACUCUUUCUAAAACCACAGCGUAUGGAAGAUUUCACUUAUGGAAUGAUGGAGACCGCCUGUGCUUCCUCUUCUCCACGUGCCCCUCCAGAUCCGUUCUGCUGCCUGCGAGGCUGGCCCUCCAGGGACGGCACCACCCUGCUCCCCUGCUCUGGUUCUUGUUGGGCUCAGCCACUGGGCACAUCAGGUAGCCAGAGGCUGGAGCCAUCAGUGUGUUUCUGUCCUCUCCCUCUGCGGGCCAUGGCUUUGGCAGAGGCCGCAUCCCUGUGACUAGAGCGCCGCCAGGUUCUGGGGGCUUGUCCCUCCCCGGCUCCUGCUAGUCCUUGAGUGCUGCAGCCUCUUUAUCCCCUGACCCUGCCCAUGCCUCUCUAAAGGACUUUCUUUAAGCUUCUCUUUUGAACCGCCUGUUUCUUGCUCUGUUAAACUAAUUGCUCCAGGCCCUCUGUCCACCCGAAUAAAGGCCAAACCAUAUCACAUCACAGAGCGGUUUCUCAUGAGCCCCAUGUUUUUUACACAACGUGUUUAUAUAUACUUUUAAAGUGUAACUCCUUCCGUCGGUGGUUUCGACACAAGAAGCCUCCAGUUGGGUUCCUUUAGUCAUUGGUCACAAGUUAACCUUCAUAGGUCCUGCUAAGGAUGGAAGAGAAGGCAGUAGAGAGACAUUUUCCUUCUAAAUUCACAUUCAGGUCUUGGUCCUUUCCCCUUCUCUAACCUUUGUAACGCAGCGGCUUCCCUACAUAAGAGGGCAUUUGUGCAUUUACUACACGGGGUUCAGGCAAAUCGCAAUGCUUGGCUGGCUGUGCAGGCGUGGAGCCCCUCGGUGGUCGGCAGGCCCUUCCUGCAGACUCCCCUCCGACAGACAUGUACCUUUUCAUCUCCUGGUAAUGCUCUCACCCUUGGUCCUCUGUCCAAGGAAGAGGGGGGUCUCUCCUGCUGGGUCCCCAGAGGCCCCACCUUUGGCUUCUGUGUGGCAUCCAGGGACCCCAGAGUCCCGACUGAGCAGUCAGUGCUGCCUGGGAGCCUGGCUGAGCCUGCUGUGUCAACACCACCCGGACUCGCUUUCCUGCAUGUCUCAAUUUGGGCUCUGCUCUCGCCCAUCCCUCCACCUCCCCUAAUUUCUAGAGAACCCUGUUUUAUACCACUCUACCCUCCCUCCUUUAGGGUCAUGCAGUCUCGGGUGUUGGGGUUGCUGACGCCCACGGAGUGUGUAAUGCAGCCUUGACUGUGGGGAAUCUCUGAUGGUUCCAGGACCACUCUCCCGUACUGUUAGGGCUAACUAACUUUAGAAACACCUGCUAACAGUGAAACCUGCUAUCAGAAAACUCCAUAGGUAGGAGGCACAAAGCUCUCAAUUUGGGGCCAAAUUGCAAGUUAGUAAGAAAAGUUGCUAAUGAGCUCUGGAACCCUUAGUUAAGGGGCUAAAAAGGAAAUAUGUGAAACCAAAGAGGAAGGUGCCUGGUACUUAGCGGCCCACAUUUACAUCUUAAUCCUUCCAUUGAGGGUCUCACCUCAAUUCACAAUCUCGUUUUCAGGAGGAAGUGGGGGGUUACUGUUUGCAACGCUGGAAGCAAAAAACCCACAAAUUACUACAGAUGGUGGAGAUAUUUUUAUUUUUUCAGAGCAGCUGCAGCAUUUACUGAUUGGCGUCUGGGCCACAGCUGCUCCUGUAGCUCCCUUCCUGUCCAGGAGAGGCACAUCUGGGCAUACUGGUCUCCAGUCGAAGAAACAAGCAAAGGCCAUCCCAUAAAGAGGCAGAGCUCUCCCUUACUGUCUGAAGGGUCUCUAACAAGCCCUCCCUGGAGAGAGCUGUGACAGUGUGCUUUCCAUGACGUCCAGCUGGAGGUGGGACUUGAGGUCAGGUUCAGGUGCAGGUUUCCUGCCCCUCACAGCCUCCGAGCCUUCCUGGGGCGGCAGCCGUUGUGCGGGAUGGGGGUGUUGUCUGUGAUUGAGAUCACUUCCAGGCCCCCCAUGGUCAGUCCCUUGAUGGCAGACUGGAAAGAGAAGGAAUAGCAGGAUGGCACAGUCCCAGAAACGAUGCCCCAGUGUGUCCAGACAGGGCUCGGAACCGGUAGGGGGUGAGGGGGGCACAGCGUAGGGAUGAGAAAGCUCACUGGCUCUGAUAUCUACAGUCCCAACCUGAUGCUCUCACAGAGCUCUCCCUACCAACCCCUUCACCAAGCCCUCAACGUCGCCCACAUCUCCAAUCCCACCUGCCACAUCCCACCUUGCGCUUUACAGUCUAAGAACAAAGACUGUUGUAAAUCUCAACGCAUCUUAAGCAUUAUGCUUUUGUAGUUUCCUCUGCCUGGAAUGAUCCCCCCUCCCCCAAUCCCAUACGCAUACCUGGUUAGUCCCUCGUCAUUCUCAAAAAAUCAGUAGAGAUGUCACCUCUUUGGGGACGCUUUCCUGAUCACACCCAACAGGCUCCCAGCACCCUGGGCACAAGCUUUACCACUGCACUCACUAGUCUGUACUGAGGGACCCAUUUGUGACAGUCCCCCAGGGGCCACCUUUCUGUUCCCAGUGCCUGGCACACAGCAGGCACUCUGUAAGUGUCUGAUGAAUUGAAACUAAGUGAUCAGGGCUUGCUUUGAGAAGCUUAGGAGAUUAGAGGCAAUGGAAAGAAACUUCAAGCCGUUAGGAGAAUCCACUACAGGGUCCACUCUCCCUCCUCUGCUCUCACUCCCGUUUCUCUCACUAACUGAAGAAGCAAGCACACAUGCUGGGCUGCGAAGAAGCGAGGUCACUUACCAAGCGCCCUGGCCCCAGGCCUUUAACCACAACUCGGACGUGGGUCACACCCUUCCCCGUAGCUUUCUGGAGAGGAGGAGCAAGUGGUUAGUGCUCUGAGAGAGAAGUGCGACAUCCAAACCCCUUGCUACUGCCACCUGGAGCAACAGGGUUAUGAGCUCCAUGGAGCAAGCACCCACACAUGUAAACAGGCAGAAGACAGGGAAGGAAGCAAAGAGCAGAUGGCCGAGGUGCAGGACAGACACCAGCAGUCAGCUGGGAUCUCUUUCCGCCCAGGACAGCACUGCCACCUAGUGGAGACUUCUAAAUAUUGCUCAGAUUUUUCCCAGGUGGAUAAAGGCAGAAUUUCAGAACAUAAGGUGCCCUGGACUCCAAGGCUAAGCCUCAGUACCCUCUUAGAAAGUGUCAUCUUAUCAUUUUAAUCUUUAGUUACAGUUAAAAUUUUCUUUCUUGUUUAUAAAGGCAGUUUACUGCAGAAAAUCUGGAAAACACACAGGUCACUCAAUCCACCACGCAGAAGCCACCGUUAACACUGACAUAUUUAUUUUAAGUGUAUAAACCUGCCCACUGGUGGCCAUUUAGUGUGUUUUGAUGAUCACUGAUACAUAGCAAUCAGUAUUUUGGGGCAUCGAGCUUUGUCUGAAGGUCAAGGUUUUCCUUCCAGAGAUACUCCCGGUUUGGCAGUGAGCCCUGUGUUGUAGCAGACAGUGCCCAGGCUCUGGUCCCAGACCUGGCAGGGUCAGUUCAGAGAACUGGACUGGCUGCAUGGCUCUGAGCAAGCCACACACUCUGAAUCCCAAAUGACUCUUAAAAACAUGGGUAAUACCAAGGGUAUUCUGAGGAUUCAAGAUAAUGAAUGUAAAGUGUCUGGCGUAUAGUAGAUACUGAAUAAAUACACCAACUGCAGUUCACUGCCACCUUGCUUCUAGAAAGGUCUGCAACAGUUCACGCUCCCUCUGAUACUGCAGGAGAGUCCUCACAUGCCACACCUUCUCCAGAUGGACCAUUACCACAACCACACCCCACCCACCGCACUGGUCUUUAAAUCCAGGAGGCUUUGCUGAGCCUUCAGCACCUGGCUCCUGCCUCUUCUAGAAUGAACCGAGUGUUUCACUUCUACUGAAGCUGAGAGAAAGAGAAAAGAGAAGCGUUUUCACACACCUCUUCAAACCACCCCCCAUGUUAGGGUAGCCAACAAGAGUUGGCCAAUACUCUUGCUUCUGAAGAGCCGCCUCAAGGACAAUUUUCCUGCCAGUGAUCAGCCAUGCAAAAAGUGGAGCCCAGCACAGAGGGAGCCGGAAAGAACACACACUUACCGCCGCGGCAGCUAUGCCCGCUGUUUGCGCUGCAAUGCCUGUGCCCUUCUUGGCAUUCUGAAACCCCUCCGUGCCACAGGAAGCGCGGGCAAGGGGCUGGUGAGCAGCAGAGACUACCUGGAUCUGUGUGCUGGGAAAGGAGGGGAGGUGUACAGAAUAUAAUGGCUCUUCAAGGGAGUAAGAGAGCGCUAACCCAUGCCCAGACAAGCCCGAGUGUGAAAGAAAAAGACCGUUAGCUGCUUUCAGUCUGAGCUUAUCCUGUAGGAGGUGCCAGGAAAGGUCAGAAUCAACCCCUAAACCUCAUUAAAAACUGACAAGUCAUGUAAUCUAAAGAGAGCCGUUAUGCAUGGAAGGUUUGGGCUCUGCCCCCUAAAUUCAUGUUGAAAUUCUAACCCCUAAUGUGAAGGUAUUGGGGGGUGGGGCCAUUGGGAGAUGAUUAGGUCAUGAGGGUGAAGCCCUUAUAAACUGGAUUAGUGCCUUAUAAAAGGGACCCCAGAGAGCUCCCUUGCCUCUUCCAGCAUGUGAGGACACAACGAGAAGCCAGCCAUCUGCAACUUGGAAGAGCUGUCACUAGAACCCGAUCCUGCUGGCACACUGAUCUCUGACUUCCAGCCUCAGAACUGUGAGAAAUAAAUGCCGUUUAAGCCACCCAGUUUGUGGUAUUUUGUUAUAGUGGCCUGAGCUGACUAACAGAAGCUCCAUAAUCUGAGGGUGCUAAGUGUCAUCCAGAGGAAAGGUGGCAUAUUUUCCUCCUAGUAUCUUCCCUGUAGCCAGUGUUUAAUUAGAUUCAGGGUCCUUUCUGGCUUCUUCUUUUUUUUUUUCCUAAGAAAUUAGAUUUUCACAUCAGGUAAUUUUUAAUGACUUUUCAUUGGUAAA